AUGGCCCUCACGGAGCCCUGGAGCGCCAGCGCCAGCGCCGACCCUUUCGACGACUACUGGGGGUCGGGCAUGCCAGACGAGCUGGAGCUAUGCCCCGCGCGGGCGCUGCCCUACGGCGCCGUCUACAUUCCCGCGCUCUACCUGGCCGCUUUCGCGGCGGGUCUGCUGGGCAACGCCGCGGUGGUAUGGCUGCUGGCGAGCCAGCGCGGGCCGCGGCGGCUGGUGGACACCUUCGUGCUGCACCUGGCGGCCGCCGACCUGGGCUUCGUGCUGAUGCUGCCCCUGUGGGCGGCGGCGGCCGCGCUCGGUGGCCGCUGGCCCUUUGGCAUGGGGCUGUGCAAGCUCAGCAGCUUCGCGCUGGCCGCCACGCGCUGCGCGGGCGCGCUGCUACUGGCUGGCAUGAGUGUGGACCGCUACCUGGCCGUCGGGCAGCGGCUGGACUCGCGGCCGCCCCGCACGCCCCGCUGCGCGCAGGCCGCGUGCGCCGGCGCCUGGGCUGCGGCGCUGCUGGCUGGCCUGCCCGCGCUGGCCUCCCGGGGGCUGCAGCCCGCGCCAGGGGGGCGGGGCAGCCAGUGCGUGGACGCGCCGUCGGACACCUUCCAGGGCCUCGGCCUGCUGCUGCUGCUGCUGACCUUCGCGCUGCCUCUGAGCAUCACGGUAGUCUGCUACUACCUGGUGGCGCGCCGCCUGCGCCGCCUCCCGCACCUGGGCCGCGCCCGGAGGAGCUCGCUCCGCAUCAUCUGCGCCAUCGAGGGCGUCUUCGUGGGCUCCUGGCUGCCCUUCGUCGCACUGCGCGCCCUCUCCCACCUGGCGCGCCUGGGCGCACUGCCGCUGCCCUGCGGCCUGUUGCUGGCGCUGCGCUGGGGCCUGGACAUCGCCACCUGCCUGGCCUUCGUCAACUCCUGCGCCAACCCUUUCAUCUACCUGCUGCUUGACCGCUCGUUCCGCGCCCGCUUGCGGCUCGGCCUCUGCGGCCGCGCGGGCAGCGGGGCGCGCGGGUCCAGCUCGGCGUCCUCGCUCGCGCCGGACACCAGCUCGGGCUUCCGCAGCCACGCGGGGCCGCCGGCCCGAGACCGCACGGGGCGCGCUGCCGUCUCGGCCGGGAUCUGA